GGUAAUUCUUCUAAAUAUUCACCAGAUCUCUUCAGGUAUGACUGUUAUGGUAGUCUUCAUGUUGUUGAACGUUUAGAGCUUAUGUACAAAAUGAAGAAACAUGAUGGAUGUGUAAAUGCUUUGAAUUUCAAUGCAAGUGGUACAAAACUUGCUAGUGGAUCAGAUGACUUAAGCAUAAUUAUUUGGGAUUGGACUAUAUCAGAACCAUUGAUUGAAUAUAGCAGUGGUCAUAGAAGUAAUGUAUUUCAGGCCUUUUUCAUGCCGUUGAGUAGAGAUUGCUACAUUGUGAGCUGUGCUCGAGAUGGACAAGUACGUAUUGGAGAGUUAUCAUCAGAUGGUUCUUGCCGGUCAACACGAAAAAUUGCUCAACAUAGAGGAGCUGCUCAUAAACUUGCUGUUCAAAUGGAUUCUCCUCAUACUUUUUUAAGCUGUGGUGAAGAUGCUGCUGUUUUUGGAAUAGAUUUGAGGAAGGAAAAACCUGAAAAACUGGUGGUAUGCAAAGAAGGUGAGAAAAGGGUUCCUCUGUAUUCAAUAUUUAUAAACCCUUCUAAGUCAUAUGAAUAUAUUGUAAGUGGUCGACAUCACUUUGUUAAAGUAUAUGAUACUAGAUUUUUAAAGAAAAAUGAUGGGUUUUUAAAGCAGUACUGUCCACUGCAUCUGGAAAACAAUGACAUAAGGGCUAAUGUUACUUCUGUUGCUUAUAAUUAUAAUGGACAAGAAAUUCUUGCCUCUUACAAUGAUGAAGAUAUAUAUAUAUUUGAUUCAAAUGAAUCUGAUACAUCUAAGUAUGUUCAUAGAUAUUCAGGGCACAGAAAUAGUCAAACAGUGAAAGGUGUGAAUUAUUUUGGUCCAAAAAGUGAAUUUAUUGUUAGUGGCAGUGAUUGCGGAUAUAUAUUUUUUUGGGAGAAGCAAUCCGAGCAUGUUGUGCAGUUUAUGUAUGCAGAUGAAAAUGGAGUGGUAAAUUGCUUAGAGCCAAAUCCAAUCAUGCCAGUUUUGGCAUCAAGUGGUUUGGAUGAUGAUAUAAAAAUCUGGGUUCCUUCUUGUGAAAAGCCUCCUAAUCUUAAUAGUCUUAAAAAUCAUUUGAUUGCAAACAUGAAAGAAAGAGAUGAAGAUAGGCGUAGAGAUUGCCCUGAUGAAUUUGUCGACCAAACUGUUUGGUUUCUGAUGCAGUAUUUAGGAAGACCUCGUCGAAGAACUAUAUGGCUUGAGAACCAAGGUGCCGAAGCAAGUAGCAAUUCAAAUUCUUCUGAUUCUGAUAAUCAAGAAGAAGAUGCUGAUAUUUCCCAAGCCAUUCAGUGCAAUCAAUCUUAAGUUACGCAACGAAAAAAGUUUUCACAAAUAUUUAUUUAAACUCCUAAGAGCUACUGGACUGUUACUGUGAUUGUUUCAUAACAAUUUAUAUACAUUUUUUUUUUCCUUUUGCAAAUUAGUGCAUAGUGUUUAAUAUUUUGAUUUGAAUUUUUGUUUAAAGCUGCUCUGGCCUUAGCUAAAAUGUAAAUAUUUAUAAAAACCAGUGUUCAGACUAAUAUUUAAUGUGUUUUUUUUUUUCUUUUUUUUGUAAAAUUAAAAUUAUUGCCUAUAUGCUAA